GCUCCUCGAGGACAUCUUUCUCCGCCUCGACGAAUCCGCCGACCUCUCCUGCGCCUCCGCCUCCUGCGCCUCCUGCCGCCGCAUCGUCUCCGCGGGCAGCUUCCUCCGCCGAUUCAGGCGCAGCCGACGCGCCGCUCGGCCCCGGCCGCUCGCGCCCUUGCGCGAGCCACCGACUUCACCUUCUCCUUCCUCCCCGACCCCAGGCGCUGGCGCGUCCGCGACGCCCGCGUCCUCCUCGCCCGGACUGCCGCUUCAUGGGUCAUCCUCGACGACUUCAUGGUCUACGACCCCUUGCACCGCCAGUACGUCCAGAUCCCGCCCAUCCCCGGCGACCUAGCGGCGUUUACACGGCACCCUGGCAGCCGGCUCUACGAGACCUAUUUCGAGCCCUUCCUCGCUCCAGCUGCCUGGGAGGAGGAGGAUGAAUCAUCACUCCGUGUGUUCUGCAAUGUGAUGUCCAAAGUCAAGGUUGUGACCUUUGUCUUCUCUUUAGUCACCGGAAUGUGGCAAGCCGUCGCAUCUUUUAGCAUUGGAACCCAUGAAUGGAUAAGACACCCUAUAUUGAUGAAUUGUCAUUGCGCGCACAGCUGCUUCUACUGGACAGAUUAUUGUCAGAGGGUUAUGCUCGUGCUGGACACGCUUGAAAUGAAUUUCUCCGUGGUUGACCUCCCCCCUGAAAGCAAAGGGAAAGAUAAAAGCAUUGUGGGGGCAGCAGAUGGCAGGCUUGGUUUGCUAAUUCUUCAUGAUUUUGAGUUCCACCUCUAUAGUAAGACUAGGCAAGACAAUGGUGUUGGCACAGAAGAGUGGCGGCACGACAAUACAAUUCCCUUGCCCAACUGUUACUGGUCCAUCUCAAAUGGAGGUGCAUCCGAGGGCUAUGUACUCGUACGAGGGAUUCCACGAGAUCAAUACCACUCCGGUAAAUUUCCUGAGAAAAAACCAGAUGCGCAAUAUUUCACACUGCAGCUCAAGACAUUGCUGUUUGAGAGGCUGUGUGUGUUGAAAUUUGAAACUAGUCACGAUUACUUGUAUGCAAGCUUCCCACCACCAUUGUCACCGCCAAGCAUAUGAAAUGUGAUGGUCUUCUCUCCCUUGACAUAUUCUUUAGCACUUCUCAAGGUGAUGCAGCAUCGCCAUGAGUUGGCAACACCUGUCUGAUGGUUUUGACAAUAUGGUGCAAGAGCAAGACAAUAUCUGCUACUGGCAAUGUUGACAUCUGUUUAUAGGUUUAUCAGCUGCUCCUCAGACUACCCAUUUGAGGCGCUGAGGUUUCUGUAGUAGAGCUGGAGGUUUGUCGAGUGGAAUUCCUCGUACAAUUUCUGAAUGAAAUGAAUGCAACUGUAAUAAGUAGCUUUUGAUACUGCAUGGUGAAUGAGCUCUGAAGGCCUGUGUCAGCAGCCUGCCUUGAUCUCAAUGCGCGAAAUCCAGUUUCCGUAAAUCUGAUAGUGAUCGCAACUGAA